AUGACUCAACGCGCCUCAUCGUCUAGAGAUCCUCCCUCUCCAUCGGCGUCCUUUUACGAUGUCUCCGAUGACGAAGAGGGCGAUUACAGCACAAUUGCACAUACCAAUAGCGGCCGAGGCGUCAAGUUGCUCUUCUCAAAGAGCAAAGUCUACGUCCAUCCCUCGCCCCAAGCAAAAGACAAUAUUGCUGGCUUCAUAGCUCUGGUCGAACAACGUACGGCGCCACUGUCUUCUGACGAACGACCCCCAACAUCCGGCUCAAGUCAAUCAAAGACCAAGAGGAGUGAUGCUUCGAGAUACCUUCUGGCUUGGGUACCGGAGUCAUCGCUGGCUCAGGAUGACUUUAGCACUUACGUCAAAGUCGAUUUGAAAGAUUCGCAUGCGCCGCCGAAGCAGACAUACCUCGUCCCUCCCUUGCCUGUGUCCUCCACCUACGACGAUUCGAACGUGGGACCUUAUGCUUUCUCGUUACCGUUAUCACAUAUCUACUCUAUCCUCGUACGACCACCAAGCAUCGGUUGGUGGUUUGGAAGUAUUGUAAUUAACACAAGGUCCGGCUCAAGUUUGCCUGCGCUGUUUUUCCACGACUCAGAGUGUGAAAGCACGAUCUUGCAGCGGAAGGAGAGGGCGAGAGAGUCAUUCAACCCUUUUGGCGAAGGAGGCGAUUUGUUCUGGGGUGGUGAUGAAGUCGUCCGCUGGCUGAAGCAGUACGUAAAUGUCGAGCGCAGCACUGCUGAGCCUUCCGUCUUUCUGAUUGAUCCGACUGAGGAGGAUCUGGUUGGUUUCGGUCAAGGCAGGAAGUCAUUGGAGGGUCAGUCAGCAGAAAAUCAGAAGAAACAGAGCGUGGGACCAGGCAUGGAUCCCUUGACCAAGACACUGAAAGAGACAAGGUGGAAGUUACUGGAGAACUUUGCUAAGAUCACAACCUUCGCCCGAAAGGCGGUCGACGAUCUGGCACACAACAAGAACUUACCUCCACAGAUGCGGAAUUUGCUUCAAAAUCCGGAAGUAAAAACUAUUCAGGACGAGUACGAUUCAGCUAGACUGUACCUCGCUCGUUGGGCUAUGAGCAUUGCUGAGCAGAGUGAACAGGAGAAGAGGCAGAGGAUCUUUACAGCCAGAGACGUGCUCGAGACUGAAGACACUGGCGUUGGCGAAUUUGAGAUCUUGGAUAGUGCAGAUGGUGUCGCAAGUGAUGGCAAACGCCGACCUGUCAACAUGAAAGAGUGGAAAGGCUUCUUCGAUGCCCACGGUCGAUUACAGAUCACCGAGGAUGAGGUCAAAGAGCGCGUCUUUCAUGGCGGUCUGGAUCCUGAAGAUGGUGUGCGCAAGGAGGCAUGGCCUUUCCUUCUCGGACUGUAUGCCUGGAACAGCACGACUGGCGAACGCAAAGCUCAAAUGAACAGUUUGCGCGACCAAUACAUCCGAUUGAAGGGCCAAUGGUGGGAACGAAUGAUUGAGGAGCAUGCAACUCCUGAACAGGAAGAGUGGUGGAGGGAACAAAGGAAUCGCAUUGAAAAGGAUGUCCAUCGUACCGAUCGUCAUAUACCACUUUUUGCUGGUGAAGAUAUACCACAUCCGGACCCUACCUCGCCUUUCUACAACGAACACAGUCCCGGCACGAAUGUGCAUAUGGAGCAGAUGAAGGACAUGCUUCUCACUUACCUGGAAUACGACACACCCACAAAUGUUACACCAUCAGACUCGGCAGUACCCGUUAACCCUCAUCCACAGAAUCUCGGUUAUGUUCAGGGUAUGUCAGACCUGCUUUCACCUCUUUACGCAGUCUUUCAGGAUGAUGCAUUAGCCUUCUGGUGCUUCACUCGUUUCAUGCAACGAAUGUCCCGAAACUUUGUCCGUAGCCAGGCGGGCAUGCGUGCACAACUAUCAACCCUCGACCAGCUCGUUCAGCUUCUUGACCCACAACUUUAUCUUCACCUUCAGAAACUCGAUUCAACAAAUUUCUUUUUCUUCUUUCGUAUGCUGCUUGUCUGGUACAAGCGGGAGUUCGAAUGGAGCGACGUCCUGCGGUUGUGGGAAUCAUUAUGGACAGAUUAUCUGAGCUCGCAGUUUCAUCUCUUCAUUGCCAUCGCCAUUCUCGAGAAGCAUAGGGACGUUAUCAUUGACCAUCUCAAAGGCUUCGAUGAGGUUCUGAAGUACAUCAAUGAGCUAAGCAACACGAUCGACUUGCAGGGCACGUUGAUUAAAGCCGAGGCGCUCUUCCACAAAUUCGAGAAGAUGGUCCAGGCUAUUGACAAGAAGGAUAACUUUCCUAUAGCGCCAACAUCAGAAGCAAGGCAGCGGCAGGCAAAGGGCAAGGAAGUUAUCGAUAACGCGAAACCCCAAGGCGCCAGUUCUAGCAGUGACGCUCGGCAAGCGAGAACGAACAGUCAGGUUGACAAGGAUAAGGUCAUCUCGCAAGAUUUAAGGCUUUUGCUAAGCAGGAAAAUCGUCCAGAUCGAGGAGGGCGCUGAUGCUGGUCAGAGGACGAGAGCUAGUGGGCUUAAGGAUUGA